AUGGAGGAAAAAAGCAAAGCAGGUGGAAAAGUGGUAGCAAAGAAAAGGUUGCGGGACAAGAACAUAGAUCAGCAGCCACUAGAUCAAGAAAUGGCUUACAUAUUGCAAUACUAUGCCAUAUCAUCAGAUAUAACAAUCCUCCAUUCACAUUUAACUGCAUCUACAGGUGGCUGUAACCCGCUUGCUGAGACAGGCAGAAGCAAGCUACAAAAUCAAAGAGCUAUCCUAAACCAACAGAUCCUGAAAGCAGUAAGGUUGAGAGCUGGUGCAGAAAAUCUUCUAAGAGUAACCACCAACAACAAAGUUCGGGAGCAGGUACUUCUUGAACUGAGUUUUGUAAACUCAGACCUGCAGAUAUUAAAGGAGGAAUUAGAAGGACUUAAUAUCUCAGUCGAAGUGUAUCAGAAUGCUGAAGAAGCUUUCAGCAUUCCCUUGAUACCGCUUGGUUUGAAAGAGACCAAAGAAGUGGACUUCACUAUCCCCCUUAAGGAUUUCAUCCUGGAACAUUACAGUGAAGACAGCUCAGAAUACGAAGAUGAAAUUGCAGAUCUUAUGGAUUUGAGACAAGCCUGCCGUACUCCCAGCAGAGAUGAAGCUGGCAUUGAGAUGUUGAUUAGCUAUUUCAAUCAACUUGGCUUUAUAGAAAACAGGUUUUUUCCACCUACCAGAUACAUGGGGAUCUUAUUUACAUGGUACGAUUCUUUCACUGGAGUCCCAGUCUGUCAGCAAAACCUGUUGCUAGAAAAAGCCAGCAUUUUAUUUAACAUUGGAGCCCUCUACACGCAGAUCGGUACAAGGUGUAAUCGACAGACCCAGUCUGGACUUGAAAAUGCUGUUGAUGCUUUUCAGAGAGCUGCAGGAAUCUUGAACUACCUAAAGGAAACAUUCACUCAUACACCAAGUUACGACAUGAGCCCAGCUAUGUUGAGUGUACUAGCCAAAAUGAUGCUUGCUCAAGCUCAAGAAUGUGUUUUUGAACAGAUCAGUCUCCCUGGAAUACGCAAUGAGUUUUUCACACUAGUAAAGAUGGCCCAAGAGGUUGCAAAGGUUGGAGAGGUUUACAUGCUUGUUGACACUGCAAUGAAUCAGGCUCCUGUCAAGGAGAACAUCCCCUAUUCCUGGUCAAAACUGGCACAGAUAAAAUCAGACCAUUACAAAGCUCUGGCACACUACUUUGUUGCUACCAUCCUCAGUGACCACAAGUUGCGUUCCACUGAUGAUGAAGACCAGCAGGAAAAGAUCUGGUCCCAACUGUAUGACCACAUGCCUGAAGGGCUGACAAUUCUAACCAUUUUAAAGGACAAAGUUCAACGAAAACAACUAGGGAAAGCACACUUACGCAAAGCCAUUGUUUAUCAUGAAGAAGCACUGAGAGCUUGUGGUCUGUGCAGAAAGCUUCGAAAUAUUGACAUUCUUCAAGAGAUCCUAACAGUUGCUCACAAGCGCUCGCUACUCAAGUACGCUCAGCAGGAGCAGGAAGAUGACUUCCUGAGUCUCAUACAAGCUCCAGACAUCCUUCCUAAAACAGAACAUAAAGUGGACAUGGUUAGUCCUCAGUUGUCCAAGGUGAAAGUCAAAGACUUCUUUCAUAGACUGGGCCCGUUAUCAGUGUUUUCAGCCAAGCAGAGAUGGACAGCCCCUCGCACUAUUUGUUUCCAUUGUGAAGAUGGGAAGUUGGGAUUCACUCUUAGAGGGGGUGCACCUGUGCAGGUUCAUAGUCUUGAUCCAAUCUGUUCUGCAGCAUCUCUCGGUCUGAAAGAAGGAGACUAUAUUAUUUCAGUUGAAGGAAUGGAUUGCAAAUGGCUGGGAGUGAACGAGGUCUUGGAAAAGUUAAAAAGCAAAGGAGAGCAGGACACUGAGAUUCAGGUUAUAAGCUGCCAGGAUACAACAGCUUCUAUGCAUAAUAAGAGUGCGACUUACUCUGUGGGAAUGCAAAAAACAUACUCCUUGAUUUGUUUAGCCAUGGAAGAGGAUAAAAUUGACCACAGCAAGAAGACCACAACUCCCAAAGUCCCUUUUCUAAGUUGGGGAACCAAAAAUAGGCAGAAAGCUGCAAGCACUUUGUGCCUUCCCUCAGCAAUAGCUGGAAGUUCUCAAACAAAGAAGCUCACUUCUCCCUUUACACUUCUGAACACUGAGAAUUUGUUGUACUGA